CACCACCUAACACUCCUGGUGUGCUUGAGAACUGUAAAAUAAUAAUGAGAUCUUGGAGUAGAUAAGUCUACUCUAUGAGGACCGAAGCUGCCGGUCAUUCCCAAGGCCAGACCAAUUGUCUAACAAAGGAUUCGGACCAGGAUGUAGCACUCAAACUUGCCCAGGAGCGAGCUGAAAUAGUUGCUAAAUAUGACAGAGGACGAGAAGGUGCAGAGAUUGAACCUUGGGAGGAUGCUGAUUACCUUGUUUACAAAGUCACGGAUAGAUUUGGCUUUUUACAUGAGGAGGAGCUCCCGAAUCACAACGCAGCUGCGGAACGCCAAAAGCAACUGGAAAUUGAAAGAACUACUAAGUGGUUGAAAAUGCUAAAAGGAUGGGAAAAAUACAAGAACACCGAAAAGUUUCAUAGGAGAAUUUACAAAGGAAUCCCACUCCAGCUCAGAGGUGAAGUCUGGGCUCUGCUUCUGGAGAUCCCUAAAAUGAAAGAAGAAACAAGAGACCUCUAUAGUAAAUUAAAACACAGAGCCCGGGGUUGUUCACCUGAUAUCAGACAGAUAGACCUUGAUGUCAACCGCACAUUUAGGGACCAUAUUAUGUUUAGAGACAGAUACGGUGUUAAGCAACAGUCACUGUUCCAUGUUCUCGCCGCGUACUCGAUUUAUAACACGGAAGUUGGAUACUGUCAGGGGAUGAGCCAGAUCACAGCUUUGCUCCUUAUGUAUAUGAACGAAGAAGAUGCCUUCUGGGCCCUGGUCAAACUGUUCUCAGGCCCCAAACAUGCCAUGCAUGGCUUUUUUGUUCAAGGUUUUCCUAAACUCUUGAGGUUUCAAGAACAUCAUGAAAAAAUACUGAAUAAAUUUCUAUCCAAGCUUAAGCAACACUUGGACUCUCAAGAAAUCUACACAAGUUUUUACACAAUGAAAUGGUUUUUUCAAUGUUUCCUUGAUCGUACUCCCUUUACACUAAACCUCAGAAUAUGGGAUAUCUACAUCUUUGAAGGAGAACGAGUUCUUACCGCUAUGUCUUACACAAUCUUAAAAUUACACAAAAAACAUCUAAUGAAAUUGUCUAUGGAAGAACUUGUAGAAUUUCUUCAGGAGACCCUGGCAAAGGAUUUUUUCUUCGAGGAUGACUUUGUAAUAGAGCAACUUCAGAUUUCUAUGGUGGAACUAAAGCGUGCAAAAUUAGACCUUCCAGAACCUGGGAAAGAGGAUGAGUAUCCGAAGAAACCUUUGGGACAGCUGCCACCUGAAUCUGCUUGCAUCAGUCACCUGAGCAAUGGACAGAGAAGUGUGGGCAGGCCAAGUCCGCAUACGAGCAGCAGAAGAGGAAGCGGCUCAUCACCUCACAAAAAGCACGAGCCUUCCCCUCUCCAUGCGAGCAGGACAGGUACACCAGAACGAGUAAGAGCACCGAGACGGAAAUCGGAAGAUGAAGACAGUAAAAAGCUUCAAGAUGAAGCAGAUCUUCAAAGAAAACCUCCAUCAGGUCCUCAGGACAGUUCCAGGCAGUACAAUCACGCAGCUGCUAACCAGAAUAGCAAUGCCACGUCCAAUACCAGGAAGGAAUUUGUGCCCAAGUGGAACAAACCGUCAGAUACUUCAGCUGUUGAGAAAACUGCCAAAUAUGCCAUCGAAGGCAAAAGUAGGUCAGGACACCCGGCACUCACGGUUUCCAUCCCAAGUUGUGCUGACCCUCGGGUAUCAAACGUGAAGCAGAAGAUGAAGGGUUUGGAUGCCGAUGAAGGGAAGCGGGGCUCUAAUGCGUCCCAGUACGACAACGUACCUGAAAAUGACAACAGCGCUUCCAUCGAAGAGGCACUAGAAAGAGCCUACUCCCAAAGUCCACGGAACGUGGUUCACUCUCACAGCCCAAGGAAGUAUGUGGAGCCAAGUUCUAGUCCGUCGCGAGUAUCAAACAAGUUUACUUUUAAAGUGCAGCCUGCAGGUUACACAAAAUACCCCCCUCCGCUGGAUGGCGAGGAUCGCAGGACAGUGCUCCCGCCGACCUACAGUAACCCCCCCGGUUACCACGGCAGUUCUCCCAGACACGUCCCUGCUGCUAACAGCAGCUUCGCCUCCCCGCCGCCUACCCAUGGGACUCAAAUGCAUCCUUCCCGGAGACCUUACGGUUCGACUCUUUCAGUCAAUAUUUCUCCCGAGAAGCCGCACGGCCGCCCGCUCCCUGUCGUGCUGCCCUCCAGCCGCAUAGAAGUCCUUCCCGUUGACCCUGGCGCCGGGGGGUACGCAGGCAAUCCAGAGUCGCCCAAGAAUGGACGGUUCAUCAUUCCUCCAGUGGAUUAUCUGCCGGAUAACAGAAAGUGGUCGGAGGUCAGUUACACCUACAGACCCGAGACUCACGGACCGUUGUGGACUCAAGACACUACCCGGGGCCACUUGAGCAACUUACCAAAAUAUUCCACCUUCCAGCACGUUCCCUUCCAGGACCACAGCCUGCCGGCGGUUUCAGUGGACAGUCCAGUGCGAUACAGAACUUCCCCAGGCUUAGAAGACGCCGGCUCCUCUGGCUGCCAAUAUUCAGGGCCCUCGCCUCCAGUGUACCACUACAGAAAUCGCGAUGGACUUUCUAUUCAAGAAUCAGUAUUGCUGUGAGAAUUUAUCUAUACUUGGUAAAGACAGGAGACUAGAAACCAUUUAAACCUACAUUGCUAUGUUUAUAAUUGCCAAAGCAGUAUUUUAUACUAUUGUAAACAUCUUGCAGAGUUGCGGCGUCUGCGGAUGCUAGGAAUACAUGGGAGCCUUUGAGCCCACGUAGAUGCGGUUUGUGAUGACCAUUUUUAGACUGCAGCAUCACUGAACCUGUUGAACUGAAUUCAACCCAGAAACGUAGCAAUAGCAUUUAGGGAUGCACACAUAAUGAUAAUUCGGGACUCAGUUUCACUUACAUCUUCCUCCAGAACCUGAGCAUUUUUGCGCCAUUAGCCCAUCCUGUUCUGAGUAACGUUACAGACACUGAGAAACUGUGUAGAAUAGACACUUUCAAGGCUAUAUGUAGUGUGCGUGUCUUCAGUAGAUACCAAAAAGCCUCCAGGCACACACAUUUGAACACAGAACUAAAGAAACUAAUUUUAAAAAAUUAAUUUUAAUCUACGUCCGUGGAAUAAUUUACUAUUCUUCCUUUCCUUAACUUGUCUUCCAGCCAAGCUUUUUGGUUUUUGUUUUUUUCUUUUUCUCCCUUAUAUUUUUCACCCAGAUCCUAGAGUGCCGUCGGGGUUUGCCCCGACUUCAUUCAGCUUCUCUGCAGUUGUGGCCAUUUUCUUUCCUUCUGAAAAUUAAAGACGCUGGAGAGAAAAGCUCGCCACUGAAUGGUGCUUAAACACUGGGGCACAGAACAGGCUCCUUGGACAUCGUUUGAUAGCAGGCUUAAUGCUGUGGUCGCGUCUUACUUCUGCCCUGUAAAUUCCUGCAGGGCCCGGGCUGUUGACUUACUUGAGCUUUUCCUGGCACUCUUUCUUUAAAGGUGGUAAUCAAGGGGUAUGGCUGCACCUAGGCCAUUAAAUUAUCAUUGUGUAAACUUGUAAAAAAUGAUCCUAAUUAUUAGUAAGGAGUCUAAGAUUUUAAUCUUUAAAAAAAUAGUGUGACUUUCAUACUUCUAAAAAUCUCCUUUUUUUUUCUUUUGCAAUGAGAACAAAUUCAGGUUCAUGGUUAAAAAAUUAGCAACGUCUUUCAAAAACAGUCUAUUACACUACAAUUACCAAAACACAGGGACAGUUUUAGGCAUCCCCAGAAAGUCUGACUUUGUGUUUAAUGGGAGAGCUUAUUCUCAACAUGCUUUCCCCGUGUUUGAACAAGGACAAGAGUAGAAAACCUAACACCACGGGCUCUUCUGGUUGCAAGUUGGGGCUUUAAACUUUCAAGGUACCGAAGUAUGUCUUUUCAGAUGAGAGUAACAUUUGUUUAGCUAGUGAAUGUGACAAUAUUUUUUAUGUAUAUAAUGAGUCUAAUGUAAUUUUAAUCAACUUGGUAAUGAUGUUAUUAAACAGCAAAACAAAUGGCCGCGUGUUAGCAGCUCAGCUCUCUGCUGAAGCAUGCACAAACCCCUGCUCUCCCUGGGCCUCCAUUCAGAUCAUGUGGAGGCUCAGAAAGAAUUGUACAUCGGACGUAUAGCUGAGGAUGUUAAUUCCAGUUUUUAAACCAUGAUUCUGUGACUCGUAAUAAACCAAGCUGUAUAAUUUAGGAUAUGAUAGUAGCAUCUGAGCUGCUCCAAAAUAUAUAUGUCAACAGUGGUAAAUACUGUAGAUUUAUAUAUAUACAUAUAUAUAUAUGCAAAAUAUAUAUAUACACACACUAUUUUCUUAUGUCAUCUAUGACAUUUUUAUCUGUAUACUUUUUUGGAUGUGAUUGUUUUUAACAUGCUAAAAGUAAUAAGUAUAUUUU